AUGGAUGUUUAUCGGGUGUUACUGUAUUACAACUUGUAUGCUGACAUUGCCCUGACAGUUCUGUCGUUCUUCUGCAAACCGGUAAGCGAUUGAUCGAAUUAAAGUGGUCAACAUUCGUAUGUAUUUGAAUGAAAUCUGACUUUAAUUAAAUCCUCAUAAUCUCAAAGAAUCCUUAUCACUAUAAAAAGCACAUUUUAGAUAGUUAUUAUAUACAAUGCAAACUUCUACAUUAUCGGCGAGACGCCUUUCAAGAUCGCAGAUCCAGUUGGUCAAUUCGCGAUUUUUAUGAUUUACGUCUACAGUUACUACCAGACUUUCAUCGUGUGUCCAUUAUCUUACUAUUUUCGGUAUUUAGCCGUCUGUCGGUAAGCUUAGCAUAUUUUUCCAUCCAAAUUAUUAAUAUUUAGAGCAAAAGUGGUGACCAACUUGAAGUUCGUAGCGCUGGCUGUAUUCUGGACAUUCAUCGGCUCCGGCAGUAUGCUCAUUUUCUGUUAUGUUGUGCUAUAUCCAACUGACGAGCGGCUGGAGGAGUUCUACUUCAUGAGGAGUGAAUUUAAUUCGACAAUUCUGCGGGAUGGCAAAAAUAUACUCGCAGGACUAACAAGUUCAAACGAUGUAGGUCCAAUAAUGAUGCACACAUGUAUGUAGGGAGCAUUAAACAUGGCAAAAAUAUAUACAAGACGGCUCUUUUACAGGUUUUCUGACAAGACAUUUCGACGUCCUUGAGCGGAUGUAUGGCUGUGGUGUACAGGGAUUCAUGUAUUUGAGAAAGUUGUCAAAAAUGAGAAGCCUUUGCAUGAAUAGCUUUCCGGGAAAUCGAUUUUUAAAUCAACGAUGCUGAUAAAAACAGAGCCACGACGGGGUUUCAAUGUUAGAAUUCAGGAAAAUUUUGUAAUUUUUGAUUUCUCAUCAAAGUCGGGUUUGCUUGCCAUCUUACUCAUUGAGUGAUACUAUUGUAAAAAUGCGUUUAGUAUAUCCAUCAUAGAGUGAUAAACACCUUAUGAGAGUAAUUAGCUUCAAAAUGCUGACAACGUUUGGUAGAGCACCGUUUUUCCGAAAACGUCUAAAUGGAGGUCGAUUAUCCCUGGCCGAGUGUCUAACUUCUGGUCAUUGUUUCUUCAUUUUCCGCAAAGCUUGGGUGUAAUCCUUUUAAAGCCUAAGACAACAUGCCUCCUUGUUUUGCUUAGACUGCUUGUUAUGUCUCUGCAGCAGCUCUAAAAAAUUUUAAAAUUUUGCCGCGGGAAUUGGCGCGCUGACCCGGCAAACUUCCUGCAACCGUAUGAUUGAAGUUUUUGCAGGUAUGGCAAAAAUUCUACAGUCAAUAUGUUCCUUUAGCGCAGUACUUUCAUGCCAUAUAUACCUUUUUUCACAAACUCUUUCAUGGCAGGAAAAAUCGAGAAAAAUAAUGUCCAUUUUUUUGGCACACCCUGUAGUAUAAAAAUAAAAAUGAUUAAUUUAUAUAGUGCGUAAAUAGCCGUGUUUGACGUAUUUAUAGUCGAAUUCGAGUCCGUAUUUCAACCCACCCAAAUAUUAAGGUGGAAUCUUACCAGGAAAACCUUCAAGCCCCUGAUUUUAAUCUUCAAAAAGGAUCUUUUUCAGAGUGCGUUACACAAAACACUUUACAUGUGGAAUGGAUUCACGAUUGUCACAAUGUGUUAUGUGGCCACAUUUUAUUUCAUGCACCAAGUGACGUCAUCAUUCAGAGUUCGGAAUAAGGGAACGAAAUGGCAUGAUAUUAAUAAGCAAAUCGCGAGGGUUAUGUUGGUUCAGGUAGAGAUUAUACAGGGUGUACCAAAAAAAUGGAAACUUGUUUUUAUAGCUAUAUUAAACCACUAGGACAGAAAAAAACAGAGAAUUUUUUAGUAAUAAACUUCUUUGGCUACACCUAACCAUUUUCGCGUCAGGACAAAUGAAAAAAAGUUUCCAUUUUUUUGGUACACCCUGUAUGUAGUUUAAUCGACCUAUUUUGUAAUACAAUCGCCUACUUUUCACGAAGAUUGUGAUCUAAACACGUGGUGAUGAUUUACAGGCGAGUGUCCCCAUGCUUCUCCUGGCGCCUUCCUACUUCCUAAUGUUUCACAUGUACAUGUUUGGAAUGGAAUCGGAUGCAAAACAAUAUUUUGUGAACAUCCUCAUGACUUUGGCUCCUCUCGUCAAUCCUUAUAUUGGAAUCUUGAUGGUGAAGUCGUACCGAAAAACAGUUUGUUUCUGCUCAUCAAGUUAUCAAGAACGAGAAGUCUAUCCGGAAGAACAAACGGCAGAGGAGGCUGUUAUUUGA